GCCGCCUGGAACCUUCCCGGGCCAGGCUGCUGGCGGGCGCACGAGGCCCCACCUCUGCCGGGCGCCAGACGGGCGCGCAGGCGCAGUCUCCCCAGGUUGUAGACGCUGCGGCCAGGCCGGGCAGGUAAAUAACAGAUGCGGGUGAAAGAUCCAAGUAAAGUUUUACCUGAGAAAGCCAAAAGAAGUAAAAGGCCUACUGUACCUCAUGAAGAAGACUCUUCAGAUGAUAUUGCUGUAGGUUUAACUUGCCAACAUGUAAGUCAUGCUAUCAGCGUGAAUCAUGUAAAGCGAGCAAUAGCUGAGAAUCUGUGGUCAGUUUGCUCAGAAUGUUUAAAAGAAAGAAGAUUCUAUGAUGGGCAGCCAGUACUUCCUUCUGAUAUUUGGUUGUGCCUCAAGUGUGGCUUCCAGGGAUGUGGUAAAAACUCAGAAAGCCAACAUUCACUGAAGCACUUCAAGAAUUCCAGAACAGAGCCCCAUUGUAUUAUAAUUAAUCUGAGCACAUGGAUUAUAUGGUGUUAUGAAUGUGAUGAAAAAUUAUCAACGCAUUGUAAUAAGAAGGUUUUGGCUCAGAUAGUUGAUUUUCUCCAGAAACAUGCUUCUAAAACACAAACAAGUGCGUUUUCUAGAAUCAUGAAACUUUGUGAAGAAAAAUGUGAAACAGAUGAAAUAAAGAAGGGAGGAAAAGGCAGAAGUUUAUCAUCUGUAAGAGGAAUUACAAAUUUAGGAAAUACUUGCUUUUUUAAUGCAGUCAUGCAGAACUUGGCACAGACUUAUACUCUUACUGAUCGGAUGAAUGAGAUCAAAGAAAGUAGUACAAAACUCAAGAUUUUUCCUUCCUCAGACUCUCAGCUGGACCCGUUAGUGGUGGAACUUUCAAGGCCUGGACCACUGACUUCAGCCUUGUUCCUGUUUCUUCACAGCAUGAAGGAGACUGAAAAAGGACCACUUUCUCCUAACGUUCUUUUUAAUCAGCUUUGUCAGAAGGCACCUCGAUUUAAAGAUUUCCAGCAACAGGACAGUCAGGAGCUUCUUCAUUAUCUUCUGGAUGCAGUGAGGACAGAAGAAACAAAGCGAAUACAAGCUAGCAUUCUAAAAGCAUUUAACAACCCAACUACUAAAACUGCUGAUGAUGAAACUAGAAAAAAAGUCAAAGCAUAUGGAAAAGAAGGUGUGAAAAUGAACUUCAUAGAUCGGAUCUUUAUUGGUGAAUUAACUAGCACGGUCAUGUGUGAAGAAUGUGCAAAUAUCUCCACGGUGAAAGAUCCGUUCAUUGAUAUUUCACUUCCUAUAAUUGAAGAAAGGGUUUCAAAACCUUUACUUUUGGGAAGAAUGAAUAAAUAUAGAAGUUUACGGGAGACAGCUCAUGAUCGAUACAAUGGCAAUGUUACUGUAGAAAAUAUUCAUCAACCUAGAGCUGCCAAGAAGCAUUCUUCAUCUAAAGAUAAGAGUCAACUAAUUCAGGACCGAAAAUGUAUUCGAAAAUUGUCUGGAGAAGCUGUUGUCACAUACCAGACAAAGGAAAACCUUGAAAUGAAUGGGGAUUCUUUAAUGUUUGCAAGACUCAUGAAUUCUGAGUCACCUCUGAAUGAAAGCCCUGCUGAUGACAGUGAAAAAGAAGCCAGCCGUUCUGAAAGUAAUGUUGAUGCUGAUAGUGAGGCUUCAGAAUCUGAAAGUGCUUCAAAGCAGACUGAGCUGUUCAGAUCCAGUAGUGGAUCUGGUGUGCACACAGAUGGACCCCUUUACCCUCCAUCAGCAGGUGAACUGGCGUACACCAAGGAGACUGACAGUGGUGAUAAGCAAAUGGCUGAAGCUAUUUCUGAACUUCGUUUGAGGAGCACUGUAACUGGACAUCAAGAUUUUGACAGAGAAAAUCAGCCACUAAGUAUUUCAAAUAAUUUAUGGUUUUUAGAGGGGAAGCAUUUGAGGCCUCAUAGUCCCCAAAAUGCUUUUCAGACCCUUUCUCAGACCUAUAUAACUACUUCUAAAGAAUGUUCAGUUCAGUCCUGUCUCUACCAGUUUACAUCUAUGGAAUUACUAAUGGGGAAUAAUAAGCUUCUAUGUGAGAACUGUACUAAAAACAAACAGAAGUACCAAGAAGAAACCAGUUUUGCAGAAAAGAAAGUAGAAGGAGUUUAUACUAAUGCCAGGAAGCAAUUGCUCAUUUCUGCUGUUCCAGCUGUCCUAAUUCUCCAUCUGAAAAGAUUUCAUCAGGCUGGCUUGAGUCUUCGUAAAGUAAACAGACAUGUAGAUUUUCCACUUAUGCUCGAUUUAGCACCAUUCUGUUCUGCUACUUGUAAGAAUGCAAGCAUGGGAGAUAAAGUUCUCUACGGUCUCUAUGGCAUAGUGGAACAUAGUGGCUCGAUGAGAGAAGGCCACUACACUGCUUAUGUGAAAGUGAGAACACCCUCCAGGAAAUUAUCGGAACAUCCCACUAAAAAGAAAAGUGUGCCUGGUUUGAAAGAGGCUGAUAGUGAAUCAGCAGGCCAGUGGGUCCAUGUUAGUGACACUUACAUACAGGUGGUUCCAGAAUCAAGAGCACUUAGUGCACAAGCCUACCUUCUUUUCUAUGAAAGAGUAUUAUAACUAUUAAUGGUAAUGAUUAUUUAGGUCAUUUGUUUUUGAAUGCUGCAGUGAUAACUAUAAUAUAUAACGUGCCUUUGUAGUCUUCCCUCUUCUGUAGGAAUAGCAUGUUCAUCAAAUAGUCCUGAACUUUUCCAACAUUUUGGUGAACCCUUUUAAAGUAAAUUUACUCAAUGCUUUAAAAUUCAUAGUCUUAAAAUAAAUGUGAAUUUUGUUUCCAGGUAUUUAUUCUGGGUUACAAAAACCUCCCAGAAUUUAUAGUAGGAAAGGAAACCCCUUUAGAUGUGGCUCAUUAUUACAGGCAUUCAGAAAUGAUGCUGGCUAAGUCAAAUCAUUCCUUAAGACAGUGUUUCCUAAAUGUAAUACCACCUUCCUGAAAUCUCACAUAUUCUGUAUCAUGGUUAUUUUUUUAAAAAUAUUUUUAGCCUUUUUUAACCUUAGUCUUGUUUUGAGCAAUCAUAUUCCAUGUUUUAUGUGCUUUUAUAUUUUUUAUAAUAAAUAUUAAAACUAUUAAAGAAAAAUUG